CACACCGACAGCGCUACAAUGAGAGAGCUGAGGGCAAAGAGUUAAAGCACCGCAAAGAUGGAGGACGGGCUGGUGUCGGAGGAUGAUAUCUUGCUUUGGUCAGAAAAGGAGUUGCAUGACGCCGCGAAGAGGAACGACCCAGAGAAAAUGCAGGAGCUGAUCAAGAAGGGUGUGAACGUCAAGGCCAAAAAUAAAAUAGACCGCAAAGCGCUGCACUGGGCAGCGGGAGCUGGAAACGAACAGGCUCUACGUCUCCUGCUGGACCACGACACUGGCGUUGAUGAGAGGGACACAUUUGGCAUGAAUGCUCUGCUUCUCGCUUCCUGGUUUGGUCACUUAAAAGUCCUGCAGAUCCUGGUGUCCUGUGGGGCAAAGCUCAACUGUGAAAACAAAGAUGGUCUGAGCAUGCUGCACUGUGCUGCCCAGCGAGGCCACAUCCAAGUACUGGAGUUCAUCAUGGAGGACCUGGAAGACGUCCGUCUCGACAGAGUUGACAAGUCGGGGAAGACGGCGCUUCACCUGGCUGCUGAACACGGACAAUUUGAAGUGGUGGAGUUUCUGAUUGGAAUGGGCUGCACGCAUGGUUUGAAGGACAAGGAAGCGAACACAGCCAUGCAUCUAGCAGCGAAGUGUGGGCACACAGAGGUCCUGCAGAAGAUGGUGGAGACUGGAGUCGACGUGGAUGAGAGAAAUAUAGAUGGUCUCACAGCAUUGCACCUGGCAGCUGAUGGAGGUCACUACGAAUGUGUCAAACUGCUGCUGGAGUCCGGCUGUAACGCCAAUGCACAAACUAAUAAGAAUAUGAAUGCUCUCCAUUACGUGGCUCAGCAUGGCUUUGACAGGGAAGCCAGUUUGCUGCUGGAGGCAGGAAUCAACAGAGAUGCUGUAGACAAUCAACACAACACAGCGCUCCACUUAGCUGUGUUCAACAACCACACUGAGGUUUUACGGCUGCUCAUAGAUGUCGACUGUGACCUGGACAUCACUGACAGUAGACAACAGACUGCUUUGCACAUAGCAGCAGAGCACGGUUUACAGGACUUGGCUGAGAUGAUGCUGAUCUCUGGUGUUAACCUCAAUCUGACAGACAAGCAGGGGAAAACGUGUCUGGAGGUGGCAGCCAGAGGAAACCACGUCAUCCUGGUCGACAUGAUCAUCAAAGCUGACCGUUUUUAUAAAUGGGAGAAGGAUCAGAUGGCCAGUGAGCAGGACUCCUGGGUGGGGAGACCUCUUAGCUUCAAGCAGGACCACCAGCCAGAGACACAGCACCUCCGGUCUGUCCUUUGGAGCCUGGCCACCAAGCACCUCUGCCGCGGGGAGUGGAAGAUCCUGGCGCAGCACUGGGACUUCAGCAACGCACAUAUACGAGCUAUAGAACAACAGUGGACUGGUAUGAAAAGCUUCAAAGAGCAUGGUCACCGAAUGCUGCUAAUCUGGCUCCAUGGAGUCGUGAUGGCAGGAGAGAACCCAAUCAAAGGCCUUUACGAGGGGCUGGUGGAAAUCUCACGGACAGACUUGGCAGAAUGCAUCCGGCAGAAGGCAAACGCAGAGACCAGCUCUCCCAAAAUGUGCUCUGCAAUGUGAUCAACAAUGUAAGUGACUGCAAAAGGUAUAGUCGGGCAUAGCCCGACAGCCUAUUUCCACAGCGCUACAGAAAGGUCCGGCUCCACACUUUAUCACUCUGGUAUCGGGAAGGGCAGGGAAACGCUCUGGCUUUUUUGUACUACUGUAAAUUAACCACAAUCGUCUUGGGUGGCGUAAAGCGCAGGAUGCGGCAACAACGCCCUUCAAAAUGUAUAGCCC